GUUUAAUUAGACAGCACGCAGACGAAGCAAACAACGACGACUGCAGCACGGACCAGUUCGGUGAUUUCGCCACGACAAGAGUACAACAUACCCCCAUACACUGCUAGCGCUCUCGGACCACACGACGGCGACGAGUCUCAUGAGGUUGUCCAAAAAGUAAUCUCGCGACAUUCCCAUUAGGAGACGCCCGGCAUGGUGUCCGAGCCCUUGAGCGGCCUCAGGUCGCGGACCUCUGUCAAGAAGGCCAUGCCCGUGUGGCGCUACCACGAGGUACCGGACCUCGACGAGUCCGCGUCCCUUAGUAGAGCGCUCUUGCAAGUAGCAACCGGCGUCGAAAAGGAAGAGGAGGAGGAACACCAUCUUCAAGCCGCUCUUAUUGCCAGUCAUCAACCUGGGCACAAACGUGAACAGGUCAUCAUCCCAACUCCCGACGCCUCCCGCCUGAUCCCCGACUACAGCAAGUACUACUCCAGCAAUUAUGAACAACCAUCAACGACAAUUCGCUUCUCGGCUACUCUCGAAAAUGUCAUCGGGAUACCUUAUAACCUGGAUGAUGUGGACUACGAGUUUCUAGCGGAAUACCGGUCGAAAAUCGAAUCUGGCGCUAUUUCUGCAGACGACGCGAUCACAGAUGAGGAGUUUGAGCUCAUCAUGUAUUUCUUCGAAUUGGCCGGUGACGACAAGGUAUCCGGUGAACCCCCAAGCCUGGAUGAAUGUCGCGGAUUUUUCGAAGGCAGGAAAUUUGAUCUGCUGGCGCGGUGGGGCGCAAUAUCACAUAUAUACCCCCAUUGGCGACGGCGGCGUUAUGUUCUUCGCGGCGGAACUUCUAUCCAGCCCAAGCUCAAGCUCUCGGCAGAUUGGUUGGGGAAAGCUGACGACGACCCAUAUGUUUGCUUCAGACGAAGGGAAGUCAAGUCCGUGCGAAAGGCUCGUGGCGCUCGGGCGGAUUCAGUGUCUCUCGACAAACUGCGACGUCUCCGGGACGAGAUGGAUCGGGCUAAGCAAAUCUUGGAACUGAUCACCAACCGGGAAGCGGCCAGGAAAGAGAGUAUAGUGCUGGAGCACUUGAUCUUCGAACAACGUGUCCUGGUCCGAAGGUUGAAAAAGAAGCUCGGCAUCGUAACAUCCGAAAAGGAAACCGACCUUAGUCCAGAUAUGCGCAGGCGAAAGAAGCGGUCGGAAGAUGGCCGGGACGAUGUCGUCAAGAAAAUCCGGAUACCAGCGGGAACGCUUCGCAAUGCCGCACAUGUUAUUUCUGCCAUCGAAAGUAAAUUGCAUGAAGCUGCUGCAGAUGUGGAAUCCGCAACUGCGGAAGGAAGAGCCCGGCGAAAGAAGAUGCUUGAGGAGAGUCAAGGAUGGAUAGACAUCACUGAGUACCCGUACUUUCCACCGCCAAAGGCUGUUGCAACCCAGUGCUGGCGUUCUAGCGUUCCUGGUGCUCGUGUUCUCUGGGACGACCAAUUGGAAGAGGAAGGCGACGUGGACCUUACGGUUCCGUAUGGGCGACAGCGAGUGGGUCGCGGAGGGCGGCUCUUUCUGGACCGACAUGUGAAACAGCGGGUCUGGUUGAGAAGGCAUGGUGGAAAGAUUAUGCCUAUCCCGUCCCCGUCCUCGAGUCGAUCGAAACGUCAUUCACGCUCUGGUGACUUUAUGCACGAUCUGUCAUCGGGAACUCAACGUUGGCGCUUUGACACGAGCGACGACGAGGUUGAAGAACCCAUCGUAGAGAUGGAGGAAACUGCAGAUCAACUGGCGUAUCGGGUGUUUACCGUUGGCCCCAAGACAGAGGAGGAGAUUUUCUCGUUGAUGGGCAAACCAGCACAUCCAGAUCAGGCAACGCCUCGCCCUUCUACUGCUGCACAACGCGCAGAGGAAGCGCAGGUAGCUCCCCCGCAGGUGGUUCGCCCUCAAAAUGCGGCACAUCUGGCUGCAUUAGGCGCGAACGGGUUGAAAAAGCGGCCAUCGAAACCUUCAGAACCGCCGCCAAAACUGCCACCUGCAGUCGCGGCUGCUCAGAAGAGGCGUGCGCCAGAUGGCUCGGAUCCCAAAGCCGUCAUCAUCAAAGCCAUGAUGCAACAGGCGCAGCGACAAGCUCAACAGCAGCAGCAGCAAUUUCAGCAAUUGCAAGCCCAGCAGCAAUCUGGCACACCACAACCACAAACACAGCAAUCCGUUCCCUCCGUUCCCAUCCCAACCGGGCCACGCACCUCCAUCUCCAUCCAAUCGUCUUCACCAGCACCAGCGCCAUCAACCGGAACGCCAGCGCCAACGUCCCCACAACCUCAGCGCCCAGGACCGCCUGCUACGCAGCCUGCAGUCCCUCAACCGGUCAUGCCUCUGAAUGUCACCGCAUCGUCCCCGGCGAGGGGUCAUGCAAGUUAUAUUCCAGCAGCGAACUCCGGCGUGCAGGCGCAGACGUCCACGCCGAGUCAAGCUCUCAUGGCGGCUUCAGCUGCACAGCAACCCCCACAGGCCAUGUCGAGCUUAUCUGCCACGGCAAUGAAUAAUGCGUAUCGCCAGCAGCAAGCUCGGCAAGUGACCCCUAAUCAGAUACAGCUACUUCGCCAACAACAACAGCAGCAGCAGCUUAAUAUUAUGCGUCAACAGCAGCAGCAAGGACAUCAAGUAUCGCAACAGCAAACAUCCCAGCCGCCGCAAAUGGGGUACACUCAGUUCUCUCAACCUCCGCAGCAAUCAUCGCCAACCUCCCUACCACCCAACAGCGCGUCCGGCCUGGCCUCCCCAAGCGCAAACAACAUCAGCGCCCAACAACUCCUAUACUAUCAACAGCUGAAUAGUCCGGCAACACAGCUCGCUGUCCAGCAGCAGCAGAUGCGUGUCCAAGCCGCAUUGCAGAUGCCUCGCUUAAAUCAGGCGACUCUAGCGGGUUUAGCGAACGGCACCAUCUCAACAGCACAGUUACAAGCUUAUCUAGCACAACAACAACAACAGCAGCAGACGCAGCAGCAACUUUUGCAGCAUGGCUCAACACCGGCCAACCUUGCACUUCAACAACACCUCAUGAAUCAGCAAAAGGCAAAGGCGGCAGGGAUGCCUGCAGCAUCGGGAGUCACAACCCCUGUGCUCAAUGGGUCGCUCGCGGGAUCCUAUAACGGAUCGCCGUACAGUACCGCGGCGAGCUCGGUCGCUUUGGCAGAGAUCCCCGCCAGUUUGCCCCUGUCGAACGGUAUCCCUACAUCUGCGCAAAUGCUCACCUCGACGAUGCAGCAACAGUUCCAGGCAAUGCAAUCGUUACAGUCACAAACCCCGCAGCAGCUGUACGCGUCAAACCCGCAAUUGAUGCAGCAGGCCCAAGCCCAGCUCCUCUCCCGACAGCUACAAGGCUCGCACCAUCAUGUUGCAAAUAUGCAGCAAGCCCUUGCCCAAUCGCCAAUGCAGCUUUCCUCGCAACAGCAGCGCCCCACUGCGAACGGCACGCCCACUCCGUCCAACGCGGCAAGUCCCGCCAUGUCGACGGCCACCCCCACCAUCAACACGACCCCUUUACCCACGGGAGGAGCAACUGACACCGGGUCAAGCGAUAAAGAAAAUGGCCCUGGUCCAGCAAUGGUCGGGACUGAACACUCUGCCAUGUCGAUGUCACCACAUAUUCCAACCACUCAAAAAACGGCCGCGUAGCACCCCUCUGCAAUGCCUUGGAGCUUAUCGCAGACGAUCAGGGGUGGAUGUCUGUAUUCAAUGCUUUGCACAUUGUUCUUUGAGAACAGGCCAAGCGCUACAGGCCCUACGACAUCCUGCCCCAUUCAAAGGUCAUACGUCCCCCGGCAUGCCCUCCCUGUAUCUAUAUUCGCUUACCCUGCACGAUACCGGCGGCCGGUUGUGUGACCGCGGACCCUUUCGUCGUUUUGACACGGUUAA